CCGUCGUCGAUGAGACGGUCGUCGCGCGACGUAACCUCAGUCUCUUGGCUUACGUGGAAACGCGCCUGUUGGGCGACACGAGCAAAAUCGAGCUAGCGAUAGUCUCAGGAUAAUAUUAGGCAGAUCGACGACACACAACUGCGCGAGGGAAGCGCGAUCGCUGUUCUCCCCUUUUUCUCUCUUUCGCCGCGGUUACGUACGCGCGUACUCGUCUCGCGUGUGCGUGCGUGCGUGCGUCGGGUGAGGUGGCAGCGAGCACGCGAAAUCACACUAGACCGCGCACGGACAUCCGCCGAACGGACGGACCGACGGAUGCACGUACGUACGAUACGCGCGCGAGGAGCGAUACAGAGCUGUCGUAUUGAUACGGCUUAUUGUCGAAGGAAGAGCGAGCGAGCGAGAUAGAAAGUUAGAGAGGGACGGUAAGAGAGAGAGACGCGGGGACGAGCGUUUUACCGUGAGUAGAAGAGAGAGGAAGCGCGUCACACGGUUCUCUCUCGCGGAGAAAGGAACCUCUCCAUUGAACCUCCCCACGCCUCCCCUCCGACGCACAAGGUGUCGAAGGCACGUCGCCGCGCGAUUCGACCGAAUUUCGCAGCCUAUAAGUGCGUGCGGGACGAACCGUGGGAGCGAGAGAGAGGAAGAGGGAAGCGCAACGCAUAGGAGGAUACACACCGACGUAGUCGAGAGCGAGGGAGAAGGACGCCGGAGGAAACCCGACGCCUGCGCGCGAGCGACAGAGACGGAGAGGUCGCCGAUCGAGUGGGAGAGAUACGAACGCUGAAGGAGCGAGCGAGCGAGACAAAGAGAGAGAGAGAGAGAGAAUAGAGAUUAGCGACGGAGCGAGAUAAACGGAUAGAGACUCUGCGGAGAAAGCGUGACAGACCUAUCCCUCGGCGAGCAUAAAGGAGAAGGGGAUAGAGAGACGGGAUACUGGCGAGUGCAUGAAAGAGACAGAUACGAGCGACGUGGUGGGAGCGAGGCGCAGUCACGAGGGGGAUAGAGGCACAACCCGAGCGGUGCUGCCGCCUAUUGGCAACGUCGCGUCGGCUCCCCACCCGGGCCCAGUGUCGAGCAGUGUCGAACGAGGUACGAGAACGAGUCCUUACAGUGCGAUUUCGCUCGGGCACGACGUCGUCGUCGUCGUCGCGCAGUGCCGAGGACGUUCAUGAUACUCGUACACGCAAGUACGUGACGUGCGCGUCCGUCCGUCGUACUGUCAGUACGCGUGACCGAGAGAGGAAGGAACAGUGAGCGUCCCGCGCGAGUGUCUUGAUAUUCUACUGCCAAUUUCGCCCUAUCAAGUCUCGUCGUCGCACGUACACACGUCUCUCGGGGAGCACUGUCUGUCUGUCGGUGUCUCUCUCUCUCUCUCUCCCUCGCACCGUUGCGCCCAGGAAUAUCGAAGGUAUCAACAGUGUCAUUAUCGUCAUCGUUCUCGUCGCGAACGUCGUCGUACGGUCUCGCACGAGCCGUAGCCGUCAUCGAUUUCCCACGCGCCGCGCUUACUCGCGCCGCGCUUGGUGAGGGAAUCGCGCGGAGGGUGAAGCAUAGUAGGAUUCCUCGGCGCGCGGAGCAGGCGGCGAGGGAGACACGGCAACGCCGCUCGUGGCAGCGGUGGUGGCGGCUGCGGCGGCGGUGGUAACAGCAGCGGCGGCGGUAGCAACGGGAACGACGGACGACGCGGCGCUUUACGGAGCAGCGGCAGCAGGCGGCGCUAGUGCUGCGCCCCGACGGCCGUCGAUCGAAGCCCGCGUUAUCGCAAUGGCUUCCGUGAAAGACACAGCGACUUUCUUCGCGGAGGGUACCGCGGCGCAAUUCGAACACGUUUUGAAACUUUACCCGCAAGCCCUGCGCCUGAAAGCCGAUCGGAAGACGAAAAAACCCGAGGAGCUGAUCAAGCUGGACAAUUGGUACCAGAAUGAGCUUCCGAAGAAGAUCAAGUCGCGCGGCAAGGACGCGCAUCUCAAUCACGAGGAGCUGGUGCAGACGAUGAAAUGGAAACAAAUACGCGGAAAGUUCUACCCGCAGCUGUCGUACUUGGUGAAGGUGAACACACCGCGUGCCGUAAUGGCGGAGACGAAGAAAGCGUUCAAGAAGCUUCCGAAUCUCGAACAGGCGAUUACGGCACUCUCGAACCUGAAGGGUGUCGGUACCACGAUGGCGUCCGCCUUGCUCGCCGCGGCGUCGCCGGAGAACGCGCCCUUCAUGGCGGACGAGUGCCUGAUGGCGAUACCGGAGAUUGAGGGUAUCGAUUACACUACUAAGGAAUACCUCAACUUCGUUCAGCACAUUCAGAACACCGUCGAGAGGCUGAACAAACAAGCGUCAAACGGUAAAACAUGGAGCCCACACAGAGUCGAGCUGGCGCUAUGGACGCACUACGUGGCAUCAGAGCUCAAGCCAGAAUUGUUAGAUGGCAUCCCGGGCUCGACGGAGAACGGCAACUCGCACAGCGCCAGCAACGGCGAGGCGACGGAGCCGUCGGACGAUAGCAAUCAGGAAGCGAUGGCGAACGGCAAGGAAACGCCGGCCGCGGUCGCGGGCAUGCUCGAUCCGGCAGCGAUCGACGAAAAUAGCACCACGACAUCCUUUACCGAGGACUCGAUGGACAAGCCGGCGACACCGAUUACCGCCGGCGACGCUGUGGUCGCCAGCGAGGAUACCAACGACUCCCUAAUUACCAACGAUGACGACAGCAACAACACGCCGCGGCCGACCGACAGUGAAGAUACCGAGGAGGACUCGCAGGACGCGCAGGAGCCUCCCACUAAGAAGAGCAAGAAGUGACCCGAUCGGCUCGCAACGAGCACUAAUAGCGUCAGCACUUUUGUGCCCGCCCGAAGUCUGUCGAUCAUCGCGGCGCGUCGUCGAUUUUGAAUCUGGACGGACGUACGUACGGACAGACGGACGAACGAACGGACAAAAACGGACGGAUGAACGGAACGCGGAGGCACCGACGGAGGAACGAACAAACGAACGGACCGACGGACGGACGGAUGAGUCAACGAGUGAAUGGACAAAUGAAUGGAUGAGAACGAACGAGAGGCGUGUGUAGGCAUACGUGCGAACGGAUGGAUGGCUGGAUAGUUGAACGAAUGGAUGGACGGACGAGUGGAUGAAUAGAAUAGCUGGCUGGCUGGCUCCGUUGGCUGGUUGAGCAGAUGAGAGAGAGAGAGAGAAUAUAAAUGAAUGAUCCGACGGACGGACGGAAGGACAAAGACGGAUGAAUGGAUGGAUGGUUGAGUAAUUGGAUAGACGGAUGGACAGAUGGAAGGAGGGAUGGAUGGUCGGGCGGAUAGGUGGUGGAUGAAUGGAUGGAUGGUUGAGUAAUUGGAUGGAUGGAUCACAAUCGCGCGAUGCUUAGACCGGAGCCCGGGCGCUCGCUUCAUCCUCGGCUCUUGUGAGGACGAGAAGAAAGGGAGCAUUAGAAACUCUAAUUCUCUCUCUCCCCUCCCCUCUCUCUCUUUCUCUGCCCCCUUCUCUCCUUCCUCGAAUCCUCCCUAUCCAUCUCUCUCUCUCUCUCUCUCUCUCUCUCUCUUUCUCUCUCUUUCUCCCUCUCUCUCUCGUCACGAUUAUGUCUCGCUUCUUUUUACGCUCCCAUCGUCCCGCUAACAACUUUUAUUGAGUGACGGAUCGACGGAUCCUGCAUUUCGUCGUCGUCAUCGUAGGCGAUCAUAGAUGUAAAUGCAAUAUAACGACACAGCCCGAUUCUCGUUGAUGUUAUUGCUCGGAUAAUUUCGCGCGCGUCGUCACACACUCGCACCGUCGAAGCCCCCCGAGUUUUGCACUACCUUGAUUUAUGGAUCUCUCUUGUAUAUACAAAGUAUAUAUCGGAUGAACGGACGAGGAAACGUGGAAGUAGAAGCCAACAAUAAUGUUAGAAAUAAAGAGACUCUUUCACGAACGGUAGUGAUGAAACACCUCUGCACAUCCCCGGAACUUCACGAAUCAAUGGAUCUGUUUCUCUUUAUUUCUUCGAUCAAUAAUAACACACUUGGGGACAGUGCGUAGUCCGAUGUAGUUGCCGGGACACUUGACACCUCGAGUCUCGGCUCGCACGAAUCGAAGGAGCCGAAGAGAGCUAGCGAUCUACUCUCGGAUAUGCGUUCGCGUAGAUUCGC